ACGCUUUAAACGUCAUCGCGUUUUGUUAAGGCUCGGCGAGGUAAAAUGGCGGCGCCAGAAGAACAGGAAUUAUCUCAGGCUCAAACUGAAAAACUCCUUCAGUUUCAGGACCUGACAGGCUUGGAAUCAAUGGACCAAUGUCGGCGCACAUUAGAACAACACAAUUGGAACAUUGAGGCCGCAGUACAAGACAGACUAAAUGAGCAAGAAGGAGUUCCGAGUGUCUUCAACCUGCCGCCCACCAGACCGUUACAGGUCAACACAACAGACCACAGAGUGUAUAGCUAUAUUGUCUCAAGGCCACAGCCUAGAGGCUUAUUAGGGUGGAGUUACUACUUGAUAAUACUUCCCUUCAGGUUUACGUAUUAUACACUUCUGGACAUAUUCAGAUUCGCCCUGAGAUUCAUUCGACCAGAUCCAAGGGGUCGUGUCACAGAUCCUGUUGGAGAUGUCAUGUCCUUUAUUCAUAGUUUUGAGGAGAAAUAUGGUCGAUCACAUCCUGUAUUCUACCAGGGAACAUAUAGUCAGGCUCUGAAUGAUGCCAAGCGAGAACUUCGCUACUUGUUAGUUUAUCUUCAUGGAGAAGAUCACCAGGACACGGAUGAGUUCUGCCGAACCACAUUAUGUUCAGAAGAGGCACUGACCUUCAUUAACACAAGGAUGCUGUUUUGGGCCUGUUCCACCAGCAAGCCAGAGGGUUACCGAGUCUCUCAGGCCCUGCGUGAGAACACCUAUCCCUUCCUGGCUAUGAUCAUGCUGAAGGACCGCAAAAUGACAGUUGUUGGGAGACUGGAGGGGCUGAUCCAGCCUGAGGAUCUUAUUAACCAACUGACCUUCAUCAUGGAGGCAAACCAGACAUAUCUAAUGUCAGAACGACUAGAGCGGGAGGAGAGGAAUCAGACGCAGGUACUGAGGCAGCAGCAAGAUGAAGCUUACCUGGCAUCCCUCCGUGCAGACCAGGAAAAAGACAGAAAGAAAAGAGAAGAACAAGAGCAGAAACGUCAAGAGGAAGAGAAUGCACGCCAGAGCAUCCUUGCCGAAGAGAGGAGACGAAGAACACUGGAAGAAGAGAAGGAGCGCAAGUCUGAGUGUCUUCCUCCUGAGCCGCCCCUGGACGACCCAGACAGUGUCAAAAUAGUGUUCAAACUGCCCAACGAUACCCGCGUGGAGCGGAGAUUCCUCUUCAGCCAGUCAUUGACGGAAAUACACGACUUCCUGUUUUCAUUGAAAGAGACCCCUGAGAAAUUCCAAAUAGUAACGAAUUUCCCACGCCGGGUCCUGCCUUGCCUGCCGACGGAAGAGCAGCCCAAUCCCCUCACUCUGAGGGAGGCCGGUCUGAGCCGGUCAGAAGUCCUCUUUGUGCAGGACCUUACAGACGAUUGACAUUUAGCUAACCCCCUGCUCACCACUCAAGUCCCGCCUCCCCUCCAGUUUGUUCUUCUGUUUGAUGGCCUGGACGAGGGGUCACUGAGAUAAACCUUUUACUGAAUUUAAAAAGAAAAA